AUGUCGAUGAGCAAUUCCUUGAAAAAGCUCUCUUCUUGUGUUCUUCUUGAUCUCGAUGGUACCUUAAUCAACACAGAUGGUGUUGUUGGUGACAUUUUGAAGAAAUAUUUGUGUAAAUAUGGUAAGCAAUGGGAUGGUAGAGAAUCACUUAAAAUUGUUGGGAAAACUCCAUUAGAAGCUGCAACUACAAUUGUUGAAGAUUAUGGACUUCCUUGUGCAGUUGAUGAAUUCAAUUCAGAGUUUUACCCUUUGUUCUCUGCUCAGAUGGAUAAGAUCAAAUCACUUCCCGGUGCAAAUCGGUUAAUUCGACAUUUGAAAGGUCAUGGAGUACCUAUGGCCUUGGCUUCGAAUUCUUCAAGGGCAAAUAUUGAAUCCAAAAUCUCUUACCAUGAAGGUUGGAAGGAAUGCUUCUCGGUUAUUGUUGGUCGCGAUGAAGUUUCCAAAGGAAAGCCUUCUCCUGAUAUUUUUCUUGAAGCAGCGAGAAGAUUGAAUAAAGAUCCCGGAGAUUGUUUGGUUAUUGAAGAUUCUGUGCCUGGUGUUAUGGCUGCUAAAGCUGCAGGGACACAAGUGAUUGCUGUUCCUUCUCUGCCUAAACAAACACAUCUUUAUACAUCUGCAGAUGACGUUAUCAACUCUCUACUCGAUAUAAGACCCGAAAAAUGGGGACUUCCUCCAUUUCAAGACUGGAUAGAGAACACUCUACCAAUUGACCCAUGGCGUAUUGGAGGUCCAGUUAUCAAAGGAUUUGGCCGUGGUUCUAAAGUACUCGGAAUCCCCACAGCUAACUUGUCAACAAAGCAUUAUGCGGAUGAGCUAGUCGAACAUCCUUCAGGAGUGUACUUCGGUUGGGCGGGCUUGGCAACGAGAGGCGUCUUUAAAAUGGUCAUGAGCAUUGGUUGGAAUCCUUAUUUCAACAACACCGAGAAAACAAUUGAGCCAUGGUUGCUUCACGAUUUCACCGAAGAUUUCUACGGAGAAGAGCUACGUCUUAUAAUCGUUGGCUAUAUUCGCCCUGAGGCUAAUUUCCCUUCACUUGAAAGCCUCGUCACAAAGAUUCACGAAGACAGGGAAGUUGCAGAGAAAGCUCUUGAUCUUCCAUUAUAUGCUAAGUUCAAGGAUGAUCCUUCUUUAACAAAAUGA